AAUAAAGAAUACGACAAAAUUUUAACAAACCUUUAAUUAUGGGAAGACAUGAAAAACAGCCAGAAAUUCUGAAAUCAAAUUCAUCCGUCAGAUGUGUUGUCAAAUGUAAAAUUCUAGAGGAAAAUUUUGAAGAUAAAAAUAAAAUUAGUGUUUCGGUAAUAACAUGAAAAAUGUAAUGGAUUUUUGUGUUUAAUAUUGAUAUUUUCUUGAUAAUUUCCCUAAAGUGGAAAUGGUUCGGUGGAGGUACUGUUUUGUUCUGGCCGUGUUGCUUCUGCUGCCGAUGCGAACUGGCUCCAAAAUGGAUGAAGACGAUGACGAUGAACAAAACGAAGACGGCGGGGAAGGGGAAGAGGAUAACGGCGACGAAGAAGAAGAUGAACCACCGGAGAAGAUUGAGGCUCCUGGUCGAAGAGCACCGCCGGUCCUCGCCGCUCCGAAGACUAUUGCUCCACUCACGAGAACUACCAGCAGACGGCUUUUGGAAUGCUACGUCUGCGCUUACAAAACCGAUACGCCCAUUAGAUCGUGUCUAGAUCCCGCCAAGCAUAGAGUUCACGUGAUCACCUGUCACAGUACAGAGGAUAAGUGCUUCACGUCUGUUACGUCCAGAGGCAGCGACAAUAACUACGAAGCCGUUAUACGUGGAUGUAAAUCUGGGUGCGUCGGUUCACCGGACACUACAUGCUGUGAGCUGAAUCGCUGCAACAACCAGGCCUUUGCGAUGCCGAUCAUUUCGAAACAGAUACUCACAGCGAACAAAACCGAAAAGAUCAUGCCGCCAACUAUACUGUUCUUUGUCACGGUCCUGUUACUUCUACAGACGGUUGUCAAAGUGUCAUUUGCUUAAACGAUCUACUGAAAUGAUGUUUAGAUUAUGUCGCCAAUUGAUUUUGUUUGUGAAAAUUUGUAGUAGUCCUUUUGUUUAGAGUUGCUAGCGAACGGUUAUAGUUUUUGGUGUGACGGGAUAUUUGGAUUGUUUAUUUUUUUUUGUGAAAUACAUUGUUAUAUCGUUUA